CACCAAAGGGAAGAAGCUCUAGUUUUGAUAAAAAGGUAAACUCGAGACAAAACCGAGCGACAGAAGCUGAGGUUUGGAAGAGACAAAGCACCCGGGCCAGGUAGAGCUGAGAAAAUGGCAUGGAGAGGACAACUUUCUAAGAACCUGAAAGAGCUUCGAAUUCUUCUAUGCCAAUCUUCCCCUUCAAGUUCGACUACUAGAACAUUUAUAGAGAGGAAUUAUAAGGAUCUCAAAACCCUUAACCCAAAACUUCCCAUCUUGAUCCGUGAAUGCAAUGGAAUAGAACCUCAGUUAUGGGCUAGAUAUGAUUUUGGUGUUGAGAGGGGUGUUCGGUUGGAAGGUUUAAGUGAGGCCCAGAUCUCGAAGGCCCUAGAAGAGCUUGGGAAAGUGGGUGCAUCGCUUAAGGUUUGAUUUCGAUGCUGUUCAUCUGUAUGAAAUCAAAUAUAUUGAUAUUUUGGGAAGAUCUAUCAUGCCUGCUCUCUGAUGUUCUCUUUUAGGAUUCUUAUUUGGGAGUUGGACAUCCCUUAUUCGUUGUCUUUGAGUUUGAUCUCUAUUAUAACAUGGCAUUAGCAUGUUUCCUUCCUGUGGAAUAGCUAGCGUUGACAUUCUUUUUUUUUGGUAUUGAUAACCAGCACAGCUUUUAGUUCUGUCCAAAGUGGACAGGACCUCGAA